GUGGAUCACGUGACCGGAAAUACGAAACCAGCGGCUUGUAUAGUAUACGGCUUGUCCUAUUACGCACAUGCAGUGCUGCCUAAGCUGGUCUGAUGCUGGUGAAACAAGGCAUAAGAGAACCCCAUGACCUUGUGAAGCAGUUGACUGGAGGGUCCUCUUCAAGCUGGUGGCACUGUACCACCUGGUGAGGGCUGGGCCUGCUCAUUAACACGGAUGGAAGACUCGGACGAUGAUUUUACAGAACUUUGUGCCAAGUUACUGAAAAGGGUGAAGAAGAAGGGAUGGGAAGGAGGUAAAAAAGAAGUGAAAAGCACUGGAGAAGAGGAGUGCAGACCCACCGUUCACAAAUCCAGGGAGAAGGGAAAGAAAGCAUCUGGGAGAAGCAGAGCCAAGCCUGGGGAGAAAGCAACUUCGAAGAAGGAGGACUUGGCAUCUUCAGUUGUGCCAGAAAGUGCUCAUGAUGCACCAACAGGGGGCACCCAGGGAGGGGAGGAACAGAGAGGGACCCCAACCACUGGAGAUGCUGGCGACGUGAGGGCUACCCCUCCUGGCAGGAGGGGUGAUGCGACUAGGAUCAGUAAAGACACAGGUUGCAGUGGGGCUGUGGGCCCCAGGGUGAAGGAUCUGAUCCUGCAAAGGAUGCAGCAGUUUAAGAGAGCUAUCCCGGAGAAAAUGAGACACAGUCGAGCUGAGAUCAAGGAGGAGAGUAUUACCAAAGAGCAAACAGGGAAGGCGGUAGGCCUGUGCCUGCAGGGAGACGAGGCCCUGGCACGAGAGAUCCAGGGCAGCCUGCAGAGGGAGUCUCUCUUGGAGGGGGGGCAGGAGCUAGAAGGGCUCUUCUUCUGCCAGAUAUGCCAGAAAGACCUGUCUGCCAUGAACUCCACUCGCAGGACCCAGCACAUAAACAGAUGUUUGGAUGAGAGUGAAGGGAGCUCUGGCCCCGCAGUUUCCAGGAUCCCAGACUGCCCUAUCUGUGGGAAACACUUCCCCUCCUCCAAGAGCCGAGUGUCCCACCUGAAACGCUGUGCCUCAGAGAUGGGGGUCCUGCCACAGCUGCUGCUGGAGGCUGUGCAGAGGCAGGCGGCUGAGUCGCAGAGCAGUGGCUCAGCGGGCACCGAGGCCAGCGGGCACCCCCAAGUUGUGUCCGGGAAGAGGAAAGGCUCGAACAACACAAGGAGGCCUGUGAAGAAACCAAAAACACAGGCGGAGCCACUGGAUGAGGACACAAUGAUCGCCAUGGCGAUGUCCCGGUCCAUACAAGAGCAGGAGACGCCAGGCGGCAUUGAGCUGGCUAGCAUGGCCCAGUCUGAGGGCUCUCUGCCCAUUCACUGGAAACCCAAAGCAGAUAAGAGGCGUCGUAAAAAGGGCCUGCCACUCCUCACUCCACUGCUGCUGGUCCAGGACCCCCAGGCAGCCCUUAGAAGGGUGCAGGAGCGGGCAGCUGCUCUGCUGCUCUGGGAGAGAGAGGACAUCCCCUGCACUCCCUCUCUCCCCAUCAGCAAGCUACCAGGGGGCCAAAAACCAGCACAGGGGGACACCAACACACUGUGGGACCAGAGUGCCUUGCAGCAGAACAACCACUGCUCCCUGCAAUCAUUCUACACCCCAGCACUGGCCCCACCUAUUGAGCCAUGGAAACCAGCCAAGAGCAAAAGUGAGUCAGCAGUUGGCAGCUCGGGUGCAGAGUCCCAAACAGCAGUUUGUGUUCCUCCAAGCCUCCCACUCAUCAGAACGCAGACAGACCCCCUGGUCCAGCCUGCACCACACAGUCAGUCUGCCAGCCAGAACUCCCGAGGAAACCAGACCCUGUGUGACCUGAUGGAGCUGGCAGAAGAAGGGCUUACACUUACCCAGUGGGGUCACAGAACUCACUGCAGAGAGGAGCACAGUGUGACACAGAGCACAAGUAAAGAUGCAAUGUGCGGUGAUAUCCCUCUCAGUGGGUUUGUCCCUUCUCCUGAGAACAGAAGUGUUGGACCAGUCUCACAUAACUCAGUGGCACUGAGUAAGCUGGCCUCUGACCUGGGCGGGAUGGUAAAUAACCCCCAGAUGAGUGACGUUCAGUUCCAGACAGACUCUGCGGAGGUGUUCUUCGCUCAUUCCUUUCUACUGUAUACACGCUGCCCCCUGAUGGCUCAGGCAGUUUACGAUGAAGGAUUCUCAGUAGAAGAGGAUGGAAUCCCAAAGUCCAGACGUCUGCUGUUAAGCGAGGUGUCGGCCAAGGCAGUGAACGCAUUCCUACAGUACCUCUACACGGCAGAUACCUCCAUCACAGCCACCAUUGUUCCAGAGCUGCUGGGUCUCGCUGUCAGAUUUGGAGUGAUUGAACUGGUGGAACUGUGUGAAAGCUAUACUGCAGGUGAAGGAACUUCAACAGAAGAUGCCUGGGUAGGUUCACAGGGGGAAGAAGAUGAAGGUGGAGAAGAAUUCAAAAGUCGUGACAAGACCUUACAGGAGCUCCUGCGCUCCAUGUGGGUGGACGAGGGGGAGGAAGAUGCUGCAGGCUAUCUUGAAGUCAAGCCUGGAGCCCUGGAAGGUGGAGAAAAUGACGACCAAGACAACGAGGUUGAUGACGAGGAGCUGGAGGAGAUCUACAGGUUUGCCGCCACGCAGAGGAAGGUGGCGGAAGAGUCUGAGGGAGACAGCAGGGAGGACUGUCCAAACAUAGAAAGUGAAGAAGACCAGAAGGACCUCGGACAGAAUGAAGACUCUGGCCACCAGAGUGACGGUAAAAAGCAACCGGAAGCUGUGUGUUGGCUGUCUUCCUCAGAGGAAGAGUAUCACAAGGGUAUAGCUAACCCAGAUGAGCUCAAUGGAAAAUUAGAAAUGACUGUCCAUCCCAGUAAUGUUUUGUGCCCCAUCAAAGACGGUUCAGAGAAUGAAGAAGAAACUACUUUGGAAGACACAGACACUAGUGGGCGCAAAGAAAAGGGAAAAUCAACAGAAGACAGGGAAACCUCCCUUUCUGCAGAAGAGAAAGACAGGGUCAUUUUAACCACAACAGAGUCCAGUACUGAACAAGACCCCAAUGUGAACCUGGACAAGAGCUAUGAAAGAAUGUUCUCAGAGUCCUGGGUUGAUUUUAUGGAGCCAUCCCAACAGAGCACAGAAAUGAGGGAACAAUGCAAAAUAGAGCAGGCUAUUAAAAAAUAUGUUAAUCCAGUCAGCUCUGAGCAGUCUCCAGACAGCGACUCAUCAGUGAUUGAUCUGUCAGCCAGCCCCCCCUAUGAUAUUUGUGCUUUGCCCUUGGUGGGCAUGUCUCCCAAAUCCCAAAUGUUUUUGUGUACUUCCCCAGAAAUAUCAGCUGAUUCAGUACUGGGAGUCAGAAGUCCAGGAAGUAAUAUAACCUCCCUUAGCUCUUUUAUUGGCCCUCAUGGAGAUACCAAGGUAGAUCACGGUGGGACCCAAGAGAAUAGAAAGGCUGAAGACCGGCUGACUGAGUCAUUUCACAAACCUGAAGAGGAAUCUCCUAGAAAAGGCACUUUGCUUGGUUUGGGACAGCCAUGUCGUCUGACCCCUGAAAAAACAAACCAUCAGUCUAAAAGUUCACUUCCGUCCCACAUGGGCCCCCAUCAGCCCUCCCCUGUUUCCAAGCAAGCUGACGUCAUCAUUCUGCUUGAUUCGGAUGAAGAAAUGGAGCUUGAUCUGAAAGGCAAAGAGUCUGACUCAUUCUCAAAAGAAGCAAAAGCCUCCUCACUUGAGCUCUCUCAAAAGGAAAGAAAUGAGGCUUUAGAGCCAGAUGGGAUUGGAUCCAUGGAGCUGAAAAACUCUCUGGAUGGCAGUGGAAUGAACCUCAGGCUGAGUAGUGGGAGUGACCUUGGCAAUGAAGAAAGCGUUAACAUGGAGACCUCAUGGAUGGUGCCAGGAACUCCUGCACCCUCCACCAGUGUGAUACAUGGAUCCUCACAGAGUUUCCUGGAGAUCCAAAGAAACGGAGCAAGAAUAAACUUGUUUUCCAAAUCUUAUACGAACGAACAGGGUCUGUUAAGACCGAACUGUUCAACCAAGAUAUGCCACAAGUCUACAGUCUCCCAGAGCUCCUUGGAGAUCUCAGGGCUGAACAGGGCUAGCCAUUUCUCAAAACCUCCCGGGACCAAAAUCUUAAAUUGUGACAGUUCUAACCAUUCAACAAGGAAAAGACACAGUUCUGCCGGGUCACGAAGUUCCAUGGAUGUCACAGGCAGCAACGUCUUUUUCAAAGCUACCAGCUGCAGUCAGAUUGCUAAACACAGUAGCCCUGAACCUAAGAGAGCCCAAGGAGCCAGUGUAACCAAGGUUUCCCCAAGGAGACAAAAGGGUGCAGACAGCCCUGUAACUUUCAGUAGUUUUCUAGACCAGUCUUCCCCUGCAUCUGUAGUUCCUCCCACCCAGAUCAGACAGACUAACCUGUUUUCAGAUCCUUCUAGAAAUGGCUGUGCUCUCUCACAACAGGACUCUUUUGAAAUUUCAGCCAAGAUAAGUCAUGGGUCAAUAGACUUGGACAAGAGCUCCUUGGAGGUUUCAGAGGUAAAAAGGUUUUCAGAUGCCACCAACAACUUAAAACUUGACCUUUCUGAAUGUUCAACCAGGACAAAACAAAGCUCAACAAGGUCACAGAGUUCCCUGGAGGUCAAAGACAAUGACCCGUUUUUGAAAUCCAGCAGCAGCAGCUGUCAAAUUUCUCUGGCAAAACACAGCAGUCUUGGACCUAAAAAAACUCAAGGAGACAGUGUAGUAUCAGUGCCCCCCAGUAGACAUGAGAAUACAGAAAGUCCAGUUAAAGGAUACAGUAGCUUCCAUGAUCCCUCUUUACCAGUACCUGCUGUCCCUGAUGCCCAGAUCACAGAUUUUGAUACUGGUGGAUCGCCUCUGGAUCCCACAGCAAUUCAGGAGGCCACAGUGGGAAGACAGCCUCUGAACAGUUCAGUCUUUGAGGUGGAGGACAGCGAGGGUGAAGAGACAAGCUCUCCGCGGGCUGCUGGGAGCUUCUGCCUGGAAGACGAGCCCCCCAUACCCUUUGACAACGAUGCUUGGGGUAUUUCUGGAUUCUAUGAGCCAGAUCAGCGGAGCUCCCGAGCAUCAAGCCCUGUUGGGAAUAUGAGUGUCAGUUCAGCAGCCUCUCCAGGUGGAGCCAAGAAGAGGGAGGCUGUAACGCCUCUGAGACCUGCUCUCCCACGUAGUGCAUCUUCACCGCUGCAGUGUGCCAUACCUGAUCCCCUCACUCAGGCUGGUCCUUCUGGAACAGGUCAGCCCAGAUACAUGGACUCCAACAUCUGGGCUGAUGAUUGGGAAGAGGCCUCGCCAGAGACCCUGUCUCUGUCACAAAGACUGUCUGCUGCAGCACCGGCUCAGCGUGUAAAACAGCUCCGAACACCAGCCUCUCGGAAGACAGCCCAAGGCCCUGUGAUGCCCAUCACUCCAAUGCCUACCUUUUCAGACAUGGACACCCCGGACCUGAAGACACGGCUCAAUAGGUAUGGAGUGAGGCCACUGCCUAAGCGCCAGAUGAUCCUGAAAUUGAAGCAAAUCCAUCAGUACACACACCAGGUAGUCAGCUCUGACUCUGAAGGAGAGGUCCCUUCCUCCCAGUGUCUGCAAAGCUCAGUACAGGCCAGUCUGACUCAGCCUAAACCAGCCUCCACCACAGCAGCAAGGAAGCACAAUGCUGCUCACCAGCCCGUCACACAUGCUCUGGGUCCUGGCCCUGCCUCCGUGCUGAUCCGUAGCAGCGAGCGGGUAGAUGUGCCCCCCCAGGAGGGGUAUAAGGAGCCAACAGGGAGAAAGAAGCAGGGAGGGAAGCUACAUGUGGGGGUGGAGGGGGGAAGCUCUGAUGAGACAGAGCCGCUCUCAGCCUCACAACGCUCCACGGCUUCUUCAGCGUCUGGCAGCGAGGGCUCCUCCUCCUCCUCCUUCUCCUCACAGAGGGCUAACCCGGAGGAGUUUGGACCUUUGGGGGACGAGGAGGAUGAGGAGGAUGGUGUGCCCCCCUCCCAGGCGGCCGCGCAGAUGGCUGGUAAGAUUGCGUCGGUGCGCACGUUCAUCAUGUCCGAUCCAGAGCUUCACCGUCGGGUGCUGCGUUACGAGCCGCUGGUCCUCUCUCAGCUGCAGGCCGAUCUGAAGCAGGCUGGAAUCAGACUGGGAGCCAGCAAGCUGCUCGACUUCCUGGACUCCAACUGCAUCACCUUCACCACCGCCAAGCCGCGUCAGGACCGCACAAGCAAGAGGGGCGGCAGGAGGGGCGGCAGGAGGGGCGGCAGGAGAGGAGCGGACAAAGGGGCUGGACUGCCAUAGUGCACAGGCACUGAAAUGCUCGUGGCAUUGAAUUUAGUUUUACCAGUUCCUUCUAGUUGAUUAUUGCAUCAUUCUGGUUUCCCUGAUAUGUUUGCAGUUCAGUAAUUUCAGUUAUUCUAAGAAUUGUCUAUGGGCUUAUCUCCAAACUCACAGCUUUGUGAAAUUUGGCAGUCACUGAGCCACAGCUAUUGCUUCUAGAUUUGCAAUUUCAGCAAAAAUAAAACCAUUAACCAGGCAUUAGUGUCUACACUGACAUGAAUUACCACUGUGUAAACAUAUGGUGUAGAAAAACAAACUAACACUCCACGUUACUAAUGUACAGCUGUGGCCAAAAGUUUUGUAUCACCUGGAAUUUUAGG